AUGGAGUUUGAUGGUUAUCAUGCUGUGGUCUCAUAUUUCCUGCAUUUCUCCGACCUGGUGGUCAUCAUGGUCAUGGUCUGCGACUUUGUUAUGUGGGCUGCUGCUGCCGUGUUGAUGUUGAGCAUCGGAUACAACUCCAAAACAUACAAGCGGAUCCCGCGGUGCGACGCGGGGGAGGAGGAGGAAGCCGAAAAGGUGCAGGACGGAUGCAAAAGCGUGCUGUGCGAGGGGUGCAAGAAGGUGCUGGUGGAGUGCGAGGAAGAGCGGGAUGGGGAGGGUCCGGAGGGGUGCGGCGACCGGCUCAUGGCCCGGUGCAGGUUGCGGAGCCGGAGCGAGACGAGCUUCGCCGGCUGGAAGGACUUGGCUGACGCGUCCUACAUGUACACCCGAGCCGGAAGCUGGAGAAAAGCGGUGCAGGCAUACGACGAGUUAGCCGCCUAUUCUCUCUGGAGAGGAAGCGAGCGCUGUGCAUUGCUGCAGAGACGAAGCGAGCUGAGCGCGGGGUCGGCGCUGCUCCGUUCGGCGAAAUGCUACGCCGAGAUCGAGGAGAAAAGCGAGGAGGACGUCGCCGCCAUGAAGCUCGCCCUGGAGGAGGCCCUCGCGCUGUUCGUCAGGCACGGCGACCAGCGGCUGGCCGCCACCGCCUCCUCCGACCUGGCCGAGUUUCACCUGGACCGUAACGACCUCCCGAACGCGCUCCUCUUCUACAAGCGAGCCACCGAGUACUACGGCACCGCCGCCAACCGGCGCUCCAACCGCUUCUGCAGGUUCAGAGCUCAGCUUGUCACCUAUCUGCUGGCCAACGAGGAGGCGCUUCGCGCCAAUGGAGCGCUGCCGAUUCGCGACUACAAACGGAAGUGCGUCAGGUACAUGAAGCCCAGCGAUCCUAAUUGGCUUCUUCUGCUGGGCCAGCUGCUCGGCACCAGCAGCGUAGCGCACGACUAUCAUCCUUCUUCUUGAUUUGGUAGCCAUCUACUUGUAUGUAUAAAGACUAGAAUUGUGUGUGUGUGUCAAAUACUAUGUGCGAAAAGGCGUGGUAGCAGCCGGAAA